UGAUUAAAGUUUUAAAGUAUUUAGUAGUACUAAUAAUAAUGGCAAGAAGGGUAUCACUAGUGGCCUUUGUAGGUCUUCCAGGUGCAGGGAAAUCAAGUCUGUGCAAGGAAUUAUUUGAGAGUUUGGAGAAUAGAGCAAAUUCCAGUGCUCUUUGCUUGAUUCAUGUCUGUUUUGAUGAACUGAUACCUUUAGAUCUCCAAGAGAAAUUUGUCUUAAUCAAGCAAAGUAAGUUAGAGGAUGAGGUUGAGGGGGCGAGUUGGAAAUCAACACGUCGUGAUGUUUACAAUAAAAUAGACAGGCUUGUCGAAUGCUUAAGAAAUGACAUCAUUGAUUUAGAUAUCUUCAAACUUUUUGGUAUUGAAGAGAAACGAGAUGCCAAUGUGGAUCAUAUAAUUCUUUUAGAUGAUAAUUUUUAUUACAGGAGUAUGAGGUAUGAAUAUUUCCAGCUUGCUAGAAAGCAUAAUAUUGGAUUUUGCCAGUGUUACUUAGAAUGUACAACUGAGGUUGCAAUACACCAAAAUCUGAGCAGAGAUAUUCAGGUGCCAACUGCUGCAAUUGAAGCCAUGGCAAUAAAUCUUCAGCCUCCUCAGCCUCAAGAACUAAUGUGGGAGUUGAACACCGUUGUGAUUUCAUCAAAGAGUCCAGAUAGAACAGAUGCCGUAUGGGAUAUUAUAGAGAAGUCUCUGGAGUUGCCUGUUCCACCCCUUGAAAACCGAGAUUUGGAGAAAGCUGAAGCACGUCUUAGGUGUUCGCUCAGUGUAGCCCACCAAGCAGAUUUGAUUCUGCGUAGUCUGGUGGGAACACUAAUCAAAGAAGCGAAGGCAAAUAAUGAGUUCCCUACCUCCAAGUUGCCAGAAUUUUCACGCAGUGUAAAUUCUGGACGACAGAGCAUUAUUGUUGCAAUGAGAGAAGGGUCCCUCAAGUUCCCAUCCCAUUUAGCGGAAGAGGUGUGUGAAGAGAAGAAACAGGAAUUGUGCGAAUUUUUGAGAUCAGAACUGGAGGAGAAACUGAAAGAUCAGUCACCAAAUUAUUGUGAGUGAGGACUGAAAUGUGUUGUUGAAUAGUGAAAAUAAUGUUUUGAGUGAAUUGUAUAUAAUUUUGCUUUUAUAGCCAUCAGAUAAAAGAUGUAUAUUUAUGUCUUUCAAAAGAUGAAGAAAAAUGUUAAUAAAGUAUUCCUUGGUA